AUGGAUCACACAAUGCAGGAUGCACCUGCCGACGUCUUGGUCGAGGCCAGACGCACCCUCGAAGCUCUCAAGAGCUCCGGCUUGUCACGCGAAGUCCUGUUGGAGAUGUGGGAGGCUGGCGACAGGUCCUCUCAGUCAUCGACAGAAACCGUCUUGGAGGAUGCGUCCACAAGAGCCAUCUGUCACGGCCAGAUCGGUCACCGACCGCGCAUCUCCGUCUCCUCGACCAGCUCCGGCUCAUCCGGCCACGCCAGCAUCUGGUCUAUGGGUUCCAUGAACUCGAACGCCUCCAUUUCCACACACUACUCACAGCCCGCCAUGGGCCCCUCAUCCCAGUCUCAAUCCGUUCCCCAGCACUCUGUGGGCGGCGCUCUGCCUCAGGUCGCCAGCGCGCAGACUGGAUGGGGCCCUGGACGGUUCAACUUUUACUGGUGCACCUCUUGUGAGACCAGGUUCAAGCGCAAGUACGACUGGAAGCGUCACGAGGAAGAGUUCCACGAGCGUUGGAAGAAGUAUCCCUGUCCCGAGCCCGGCUGUAACCGGAGCUUCUGGGGUGCCAACACCUUUAACCAACAUCACAAGUCUUCUCACGGCUGCAAAACGUGCCCGCACUCCGAAAAGGUCGUCAAGUAUCUCAAGCGGAGAAAGUACUGGGCAUGCGGCUUCUGCUCUGCCCUGCACCCUUCGCGAGAGCGCCACGUGGAGCACGUUGCGAGGCAUUUUGAAUCGGGCAAGACAAAAUCGGACUGGAUGCACUCGAGGGUUGUCUAUGGCUUGCUGCAUCAGCCCCUGAUUCACGAGGCUUGGAAGGAUAUCCUCAUGGGCAAGGCUGCCGAGUUUGCCGGCCGCCAGCCCAACUUCAGCUGGAACCCAACACAGACUGGACGCGCCCAAGGGUUUAUGGAAAACGAGUGCCCCGGUCAGCUGCAGGACCUACUCGAAUUUUUCUCAGGUUCCAGCACCGAGGCUGAGUCGAUCGUCUCGGUUGCCUACGAGCUCGCCGACCUUGUGUUCCUCAACGUUCCAGCAUCGCCGCCCAUGGACUACGCUCAGUGCUACCCGCCUCAGCCCACAACUCUUGCUCCGCCUCCGCCCCCUCAGGCAUAUCCGCCACAGCCGCUCCUACCGCCGCCAGCUAUUCCUUCUCAGACCCUGCCCACUCAGCAGCCGUCGCCGCCUGUUGUGCCGUCCCAAGAAGGCAGUCAUCAACCUUUUGUUGACCAGAUGCGGAACCAGCAGCAGCAGCAGCAACAGAUGGAUCAAAUGAGGAACCAGCAGCAACAGAUGGACAUGGACCACAUGAGGAAUCAGCAGCACAUGGAGCAGAUGAGAAGCCAACAGCAGCACAUGGACCAGAUGCGUUCUCAACAGCAGCAUCAGCAACACCAACAACAACAGCAGCAGCGGCAGCAGCACAUGAUGCCACCGCCACUUUUCCACCAAGGCCAGCCAGUCACUCGCGCUAGUUCCGAUCCCAUCAGGCACUCACUUGAUCGCGAAUUGCCGCCGCCUCCCCAAGAGGCCCCGCCCAUGAAUUUUAAUUACAUGCCCAACAACGUCGUGUUUGAAGACUGGGAGAGCUUUGGUACCACAGUCGUCGAUGACCACAGCUCAACACCAACACCUGUGUCAGCAGAAUGGCCCAUGGUGCCAGUUCAAUACUACCAUCACACGCCUGUUGGGCAGUAA